ACUCUGUGUAAUCCGCCUGGUCUGUAGAUAACGGUAAAUACAUUAGCAGACCCCCUGUGUUGAGCUAAAUGUUCUGUGAACGUGCCAGAGCAGUGCAGGCAAAGCAUGGCGGAGGGCCUGCCUAGGACUGUGGUGCUGUCUGUGAGAAAGGGCCUGAACGACGGCUGUAGGGAGUUUGCAAUAAGUCCCAGUGACUUCUUUGUCCUUGCCCAGCCUUUAUCACAGGUGGAUGCGUGGGACUUCAGCCGCUGCUGCCCUUGGCAGGGAGGUAGCCCGGCUGCCAUGAAUCGAAUGCGGAUGUUACUGUUAAUGCCGGCAUGGGAACUUUCCUCUGGACCGGGCACUGUCACGCUACAGGCAACCUCCAAACAGAAUUUUCUGCAACUACGGAGAAGGGGCUGUCUUCAGAACCCCGGGAUGGUUCCCGUGCGGAACUUCCAAGUGAGCACAGUAUUUUGCACUUUCAAAAUUGCCCGUCCCUUCAAGGGUGACAAGGAUAACGACAGGGACCGUGACAAAAAAGACACGGACAAGUCGCUGGUGACCAUCGACCAUCUUUUUGAGAGAGGAGCAAAGACCAAGGCCACAUUUCAGCAAGCCGUGGACAUCUUCUGCAAACGGGACAUCCGGCGCCGGGGCCACGUGGAGUUCAUCUACGCAGCCCUGCGGAAGAUGAAGGAGUUUGGGGUGGAGAAGGACCUUGCCAUCUACAACAAAAUUCUGGACGUCUUUCCCAAGGAAGUGUUUGUCCCUCAGAAUUACAUCCAGAGGAUGUACAACCACUAUCCCCGCCAGCAGGAGUGCGGCGUCCAAGUGCUGGAGCAGAUGGAGACUUACGGUGUCAUGCCCAGCAAGGAGACGUAUCUCCUCUUGCUCCAGAUCUUUGGGGACAAGAGCCACCCAGUGAGGAAGUACCAGCGGAUCCUGUACUGGUUCCCAAAGUUCAAGCACAUCAAUCCUUACCCAGUUCCAGACCCCCUGCCCCAAGACCCCGUGGACCUGGCCCGGUUGAGCCUGCAGAGGGCUGCAGCUGACCUGGACGCCAGAAUUACGGCCUACCAGCUGCCUCACAUAGAGGUCUUGGACUCUGGGAAAACCAUCGACCACCCGCAUAUCAUAGGAAUCCAGAGUCCAGACCAGCAAUCUCUUCUGUCCCGCCACAACCCGGAGAGGCCCGUUUUUGUGGAAGGCCCCUUUCGCCUGUGGCUGAAGGAGACCUGCGUUUAUUACUACGUGCUCAGAGCAGAGCUGUUACCUCCCGAAGAAAGGAUUGAGGAGGUGAUUGACCCAGAAAGGAACUUCUACUACCCCAUGCAGCUGGACUUCGAUCUGGAGCGAGGGCCUUGGGAUGACGAUGAGUUUGACAUUGAUGAAAUUGAAGAGGGCCCUGUGUUUGCCAUGUGCAUGGCUGGGGCUGGUGACCAGGCCACCUUGGCCAAGUGGAUUGUGGGCCUCCAGGAGACGAACCCCGUUCUGAGUCAGACGCCCGUCGUGUUCCGCCUCACCCCAGGGCCUCGGGAGCUGCAGGCAAGACCAGACUUGGAGGAGAACGGUGAAGAGGAGAUGGCGCAAUCUCAGAGCAGCAGGCGAGAGUCUUGAACUCCUGCAGGUGGUGGGAACAGCUGUUAGAACUGUGCAUCGUGUGGCCUCAAGGCGCUAGCAUGAACCUCCUUUCAAAGCGUUCCCAGAAACUGUGGCUUGCCAGCAUUCAGCUCACACACCAGCCAGCCUCCUUUCUCUUCCCCAUUGAUGUUUUGGAUGUAGUCAAGCAGGCUCACUGCCUCUGCUUUGUCGGAAGUUGAAGUUGUUGAAGCUGGUCUGCCUUGGUCGCAAAUAAAACUGUGAGGAGUU